AUGUUGCUGGGUACACAGAAAAUUGCAUUGCCGUACCAAGCGAAUCAGAAACUAACCGUGAAACAGAUAUUAACUCACUUCACUGGCAUUGACCCAUCGACGACAAAGAAUCCAAAGGAAAUAUUUGCUGCUGACAUACAGAAGGAUCUGCUGUUGUUGGAGGAGCAGGAAGGUUCGGUGAAUUUUAAGUUUGGCGUUGUCUACAUGAAGCCAGGACAAAAUUGUGAUGAUCAAAUGCUUAGCAAUCAGGAAGCCAGUCAGGACUUCGAGGAUUUUCUUGACGUACUUGGCGAACGUGUGCGGCUUAAAGGUUGGGAUCGCUUUCGCGGUGGCUUGGAUGUGAAAGGUGAUAUGACUGGCAAAUAUUCUGUUUAUACUAUGUACGAAGGACACGAAAUAAUGUUUCAUGUUUCAACACUUUUACCCUUUUCAAGGGAUAAUCGACAACAGGUGGAACGUAAACGUCAUAUUGGCAAUGACAUUGUCAAUAUUGUAUUUAUUGAUCAAAAUACUGUCAAUACAAACACGUUGGGUGCCACGCCACCUGAUAAAGUUUUGCCAACAAUGUUUGACCCCACUUGGAUUAAAAGCCAAUUUACACAUAUUUUUGCAGUUGUUACGAAAAUCGAGCAAACCUUCCGUUUGGCCGUGUUUUGUGAUGAGAAUGUGCCACCUUUCGGACCAACGCUACCUAAUCCACCGGAGUUUUCGGGUCAUACUCUAGUUGGUACCCACAAAUUGCAAAAUGUCGUGGAAGACCUCAAUCAACGACAUGAACAAGGACAGUUUUAA